UUUGACGCACUUCCACGAUGGCCUAAUCUGACACAUUUUUCGUCUGUCAUGGCAGUGGAUUUCACUGAUGGUACUGUUCUCGGGGAUCUGUCGAAGAUGAUUAUCUUUGCAGCACAGGAUAUUCUUUCUUCGUCCCACUGCAAACUGGGACACUUACUUCUUCGCUGCAUUUGCUACUACAUUGAGUUCGAUGUCUAUGCCUCAUUCGAAGUCCACACGGAAGAGACGAUUACAGCUGGAAGGUUGGCGCUGCAAAAGUUCUCGGAAAUUAUGGAUAAAUACAUCACUGAAUCGCAGCCUGAAACGAUGAAGAAUUGGAAUUUUCCAAAGAAGCAUUUAAUCUCGCACAUAUUUGAUGAUAUUUUGGCCAAAGGCGUGACCCGCAACUACAGUACCAAGCCCAAUGAAAAAAUGCACGGCUCUCUUCGAAAAAUCUACCUUCAAUGCACGAAUUUCAAGAAUGUUGCUUCUCAGAUCCUUCACUAUGAUGAAUGGCUUCUGACCUCGACGUCUAUGCGCAUCGAACUCGACGAACUCGACAAGUAUAAUCAAGGAGACACUCUCGAUCCCGAGACCAAUGAAACUCUGCCUGAUGCUGGAAACCCCGAAUCUACUACUGUCCAUGCACAUUUAGGUUCGAGGCAAGGCAAUUACUCCUUUUCCGAUAUCAUGCACUCGCAUGGAACUGAUAGGGCCUUCACCGACUUUCGGAUGAAGCUUAACAGCUUCCUGAACGGUUUUCUACCACUAAAUAAUAUUCCAUUACCAGAUGGAAGGCGCAUUCACCUGCAUGCAGAGGACGUGGUAAUGGAGUUUCAGUUUUUGCGCAUUCAUUAUGAAUCACUAGUUGACUGGCGCAUGCACCGAGACUUACUUCAGUGCAACCCGAAGUUCUAUGGAUCACCAAGGUACAACUGUGUCUUGGUGAACACUGCAGACAAGCCGUUUUUCGCUCGCUUAGUGUAUAUGUUCAGCUGCUCAAUUGGCGGCACUGAUUUCCCUCUUGCGCUAAUUCAUCCUUAUGAUGUCAGUAUCCCCAGUAGUCGUCGAAGGCGAGACAACGACCUUGGACUAUGGCGUGUGCAGGCCAAACCUCGCUUAUCCUCUGAAAUCAUUUCCGUCCAGUCAAUCAUUCAUGGAGUUACUCUCACAAGCAAUCCUGAAACACCUGGUGAUUACUUCGUCAUCCACACUGUGGACAAUGACAUAUUUCUUCUAAUCAAGGCCCUCCAAGCUCAACCAUUGUGA